GUCGCGGGGGGAAGCGCGCGCGUGUGGACAAAGUAAAGCGGAUUGAGGCGUUAAGACACGAGGACUCUCUUGUACGUGGGGAGCAGCAGAGCGCAGAAAUGGUGCUGUGUGGACGCAAAAGACCGAAUUUCUUGGGGCCCAACAUUUACGCGGAGCCCCCAGAUGGGGGCUGGGGAUGGGUGGUGGCCGUGGCCUUUUUCAUAGUGGAGAUCUUCACCUACGGCACGAUCAAGAGUUUCGGCAUCUUCCUCCAAGAGCUGAUGGAGGAGUUCGGGGAGAGCAACAGCCGAGUGUCCUGGAUCGUUUCCAUCUGUGUCUUUGUCAUGACCUUUAACGGUCCUCUUUCCUCCGUGAUGACCAACCGCUUUGGGUUCCAGCUCGUUGUCAUGAUCGGCGGUGUACUGAUUUCGUCAGGAACCAUCGCCACAAGCUUUACCACCUCCAUCAAUCAAAUGUACAUCACCUACGGCCUCGUGGCAGGUCUUGGCUACUGCCUGACUUUUUUACCCACCGUGACAAUCCUAUCCCAAUAUUUCACACGACGCCGGUCUCUGGUCAUAGCCAUAGCCUCGACCGGAGAAGCCCUGUCCAUGUUUGCUCUAGCCCCAGCUUUCUCCUCUUUGAGGGAUAUUAUCGGCUGGCGCCACACCAUGGCGAUGAUUGGCGCUUUGCAAGGCGCCAUCAUUAUUUGUGGCGCUCUGCUCCGGCCGAUCAUCAUCAAUCCCAAAACCGGUCAGAAGUCAGAGAAUGACAGAUCCUCUCCAAAGAGCCUGGAAGACCAAAGCACACACGGGAAUAUGGCGCAAACCACCAAAGACGACUUAAUCGUGGACAAGCCAAACGCUGACAAUGAGCUCAUGAAAGAUUCUGUGACCUACUCUGAUGUCCAGUUUGAGAACGUCAACUGCAAACCAGAGGAGAGGACUUUGUUAACAGAGGAAAUAAAGCCGGGGUUGCCCCUGGCUUUGAACAAAGACUGGGACGCACCUGAAGUCCAGAAGAACGAUGUUGAGAAACAAGACAAUGAAGGCAACGAAAACAAAAGCGCUGAUGAAAAACCUGCGCAAAGGUUCACGCUUCUGGAUUUCUCCAUACUCAAAGAGUGCAGCUUCAUCUUCUACUCGCUCUUUGGACUCUUUGCUACGUUGGGCUUCUUCGCCCCCCAGCUCUACAUCAUCGACCUGAGCGUGAGCCGAGGCGUCGGGAGGGACCGCGCCACCUACAUGCUCUCCACCAUGGCGGUCGCUGAAAUCGUCGGCCGCUUUUUCAUCGGAUGGGUCCUGACGCGGAAUCGGGUCCAGAAGCGCAAGCUGCUCGUCCUCUUGGUCUGCGUCAUUUCCAUGACGUUGGAUCUCGUGGGAUUUACUCUGGUCACGGAGUUUUUCGGCCUGGCGGUUUGCUGCGCGGUGUAUGGGUUCUUCAUGGGGACGCUCUCAUGCACGCAUAUUCCCAUGCUGGCAGAGGAUGACGUGGUGGGCUUGGAGAGGAUGUCCUCCGCUGCUGGAGUCUAUGUGUUCAUGCAAAGCUUUGCUGGUCUGGCUGGACCCCCACUUGGAGGUGUGCUAGUGGAUGUGACACGGAACUACGGAUCAGCGUUCUACUCCUGUGCGAUCGGCAUGGCGGUGAGUGCGGUCUUCCUGGGCUUAGUGAGACCCGCAAAGAGAGGACUACUUUGCAAGAGGACCUCAAUAAGACUAAACGAGGACACGCCUGAUGAUGUUGCGGGGAACAUCAAGGAAGACGGAGCGGACAAACCGGCAGACGGUACUAAGGCUAGCGCAAAUGUACGCGAAGCUCAUGAACCCAACGCGGCCGGAAGCCCCGUCGCAUGACCCGAAGGUUAUACACAUUUCGGUUGAGGAGGUCGUGACAGUGAAGAUCAUGCUGGUAAUGAUUAGCUACAGAUAGACACUAACUGAAAUCAGUGGGAACAAUUGUUUAACACAGUGAUCUGGUUUUGUUGGGGUGGGGUCAGGAAACUCUCGACACAAUUGUGACUUGCACACCAAACGUACCAAAAGGUGUUUAUUUAUACUGUGCUAUUGAAAUGGAUUUAAUCUAUACAAGCUUUCGAAAUAGCUUUCAGGGAAUCAAGGGCCAAUGGUGAACUGUAAUUACAUUAUGGCCGGCUGUGUUGUAAUAAUAGCCGAUCAAACUGUGAAGCUAAUGUAGCAGCAAACGUCUUGAAAUUGCACAGCUUCCGUAACAUCGACGCUCGUGUUUUUGUUACGGAAUACUCGCCGAGCUCAGGAGGAAUACGUGAUUGAAGAGUUUAUUUUUGAACAAAAGUGCGCGUUGUCAGAUGUCAAACGAACUAUUUUUGUAAAGAAAAAAACGUGUUCACUCGCAGUAAAGCAAGAGUGAUUUUAACCUUUGACCUGUAGUUUUUACUUUGUUGUUGACUUAUGUAAUACAAUAUAUAUAUAAAUGUUGACACCCAUUAAUAAGGACAUCAAGCGAACACCCAAAUAUGGGGGAAAAAUACCAACUGACCUCAUGUUGCUUAGGUAAGUUGCAUUAAUGCAUAAUAAUGUGUACAUGGAUAUUUUACCUGGCUCCAAAUUGGCUAUUGAAGAUGUCUCCUAAAUUCCUCACGCCAAUGGAAAUAUUUUGGAUCAAAAAUCUUCGCUUUCACUUUUUUUUUUUGUUUCAGCAUGACUAACAAGGAAGGCCAAGGAAGUUAAAACCUCCAUUCAAGCACCUUUUGAAUGAGCUUCUGUGUUCACUUCCUACAUGCGUAGAUGUGCUUACAAUAUAUACCAGAUAAGGACUAUUGAAUCAAGAUUAUUUUCUUCAAGCAAAAGCAAGACGAGAUAUGCUAUGAAAGUGCAACCUUUAGCUCAUACUGAUAUCUUGUUU